AUGGGACCAAGAGGUCCUUGGGAACAAGUGAGCAAGUUUGCUCCUACUCAGAAUAUCCUCCAUUAUGUGAGAGAACUUGUUGCUCCGACGUUGAUUAUAAAUCUUUGUCAUGCCUUGAUCGAGUUGGGUGCUCUCAUCGCUCGAGAUCAAGAGAAGGGGAAAAAUAGGAGUGCGUGUGUGAUGCUCUGGAUCGAUCGUAAACCCGAACCGGGGCUUUUUGGAAUGUCCACUUACAGUAAUUUUCCCUGGCGAUAG